AUGCACUCAACCUGGCUUUUGCUUAGAAGCAAACUGCAUCCCAAUUCCAAGGGAAAUUCCUCUCCUUCUAAUCUAAAGGAUAAAAUUGAUUACGUCUUGCAAGAAUACUGCAGAUCGCGAGACGCAACAAAGCUUCUCAGUCAUUUCGGCAUCUCAGGCGCAUCAGCCAAGCAUAAAUUAUCUCAAUUCAGAGAAAGUGCGUUAAAUGAAAUCAGAUCCAACUCUUUAUCCGACUUGCAAGCCUUAGGUUGGGAUUUCAACUCAAAGCCGGUAACAGAGGCGGUAUCCCGUGGUAAAUUGAUUGAGAGGGCUGUCCAGCAGCGACUCGUUAGCGAUAAUGUCCCAAGCGUACUCCCAAUCACAGACUUUCGUCAACCUGCUCUAAAAUACUCAAAAGCUAGAACGAUGCGUAGAAAGUUGAUACUGCACGUUGGUCCAACUAACAGUGGAAAAACUCAUAGCGCGAUAUUAGCACUAUCACAAGCCAAGACUGGUAUUUAUGCAGGUCCGUUGAGAUUACUCGCUCAUGAAAUAUUCCUCCGUCUAAACCAAGGCUCUAUUAGUCCUGGAAUGGGUCCAGAUGGUAAACCACUCCCACCAGGUCCACCGAAAUCGUGCAACUUAUAUACAGGUGAAGAAGUGCGCAUAGUUGAUGCAGAAUCAGGCUUGAAAAGCUGUACAGUGGAAAUGGUACCCCUAGAUCAUGAAAUAGAUGUUGGUGUGAUUGAUGAGAUUCAGUUGAUAGCAGAUGACAGUAGAGGUCCUGCGUGGACAUCAGCCGUGUUAGGUAUGCGUGCAAAGGAGCUGCAUAUAUGCGGUGAAGAGACCGUCGUUGGGUUGAUGGAGAGGAUAGCUAAGGAAACCGGAGACGAGAUCGUCGUCAAUCGCUACAAACGUUUGACUGAGUUGCGAGUGGGCAAACCACUGAGCACAUUGAAGAAUGUCAAAAAGGGUGACUGUGUGGUCACUUUCAGCAGGACUGGCAUUUGGGCACUCAAGAGGAAGAUUGAGGACUUGACCGGGCUACGCUGCGCAGUUGCUUACGGUGGUCUCCCUCCUGAAACUCGCGCGGAGCAAGCGAAGCUCUUCAACGACAAAGAUAGCGGGUAUGAUGUUAUGGUUGCAUCUGACGCUAUUGGAAUGGGGCUGAAUCUGAAGAUUCGACGUGUUGUGUUCGAGACAGUACACAAAUGGAAUGGUACAAAAGAAGUACCUCUUUCGAUAUCACAGAUGAAGCAAAUCGCUGGGAGAGCAGGUAGAUAUGGAGUGAAUGAGAAGGAAAAUGUGAUUGAAACCAACAAUGCGGCUAUACAAGAGGUGGAUGAUGAGUCGGGUGUAGCUACAACGCUCAAUCCUAUGGAUUUGCAGAUAUUAGAAAGAGCGAUCAAUGCAGAAAUACCAACAAUCAACAAAGCAGCAAUUGGUGUAUCGAGUGACACACUCAAAGAAAUCAACAAUCUCAUGCCAGCGAGGCCAUCACUUGGGGAUUUGAUAAAAACGCUCACAAGUCUGAUUAAAGUGUCUAACAACUACUUUGUCACAUCAAAUACCAACUUUCUGCAGAUGGCAGAUAUAGCGAGUGAACCGCUUUCACAAUUACCUCUGGAGGAGGCAUUCAGGUUCGCUAUGGCGCCAUGCAACACUCGUGAUGCCAAUGUGGUGGCCGCGUCAUGUCGGUUUAUAGACUCUCAAGCGCAAAGUGAGACAAUAGAUCCAGAAGUGUCACUGAAUGGGUUAGGAUUGGCGCAACUGGAAGCUGUAGAGAGGGUGAUGAAGAAUCCAGCCCAUCAAACACCACUGACACCCGACACACUCAACACGCUAGAAAGUUUGCACAGAUCACUGGUACUUUACACCUGGCUCAGUUUCAGAUUCACGCUUGACUACACGAAACGCAGCGUAGCGCAGGACUUGAAGUUGAGGACGGAGAAGGGUAUUGAGUAUGUACUCGAGAAUGUACAUUGGCUGGGUAAGCAGCGGAGCAAGAAGAUGACCAAAAGUCGAAAACCCAUUGUAAUGGAGGGCUUACCGGAUGCGUAG